AUGACCGACCCCGCCAGGCUCCCUUACGUCAGCAUCGUUCCCCGAGCCAGAAACGCUCCUCCCAACUACUACCCCCACGAGAUCACCAUCGACCUCCCCGUCCUCCGGGCCCUCACGCACCUCAAGCAGGAACAUGCCGCUCGGCACUUGGGCAUCUCCUUGACCUCCUUCAAGAGCGCCUGCCGCCGCCUCGGCAUUGCUAGGUGGCCCUACAACAAGCGAAGGACAGCACAACAAUCACCCCAGCAGGACGAGGCCAGCGAGCCCAGGAGGGAGACGACGAGCAACGAGGACAGCUCAAACAAAGCUCUCAAAUUACCCGAAGAGGAUCAUUCUGAAGUGCUUGAGGAGGAGGAAGCGUCUGCAAAUGCUGAUCGCGACAGCAAUAGCGACACCAUGAUGGCGGAAGGCGACGGGAGCAUGGAGGAGGAGGGCGCUGAAGUGGUCGAGGCGCUUGUCCAACCGGAGCACGUGGAGGAAGGACCAGGCAUGGACGAAGAUUGGAUGAGCUGGUACUUGAGGGUCGAGGGAGAAUCGAUCGAUUCUGGGGAGGAGGCAAUGCAGACUUGGAUGUAG